GUACAACGGCCCAGCCGGUGAUCUCGCGACCAUCUCCGAGCCGCUGCUCAGCGCCGCGGCGCAGGAGAUCGAGGAUAGCAGCUUCCUCCCGGGCUAUCGCCUUAAGCUGCACUUGGCGGAUGGCGAGUGCUCCGGGCAGAUUGCGACCCGUCGUGUGAUCGAAGCGUUCAGCGAGGGCCAACCCAAGCACGCCGUGCUUGGCGCAGCAUGCAGCGGUGCAUCAGAGGCUGUGAACGAUGCGCUUUACUACUACAAGGUGCUGCAGGUUUCCCCGUCGUCGACCUCGGUGAGCCUCAGUGAUCGCGCUCGUUUUCCUUUCUUUACCCGUAUGGCGCCUUCCUAUCGCUUCAACGUCUACGCCGUCUUCGACGUGUUGAAGAUGUUCAACUUCCAAAGAGUCGGAGUGGUUCAUGGGCCACUGAGUAUCAGCGUCCUUGCUCGGGAUUUUUUCAUGGAGCUCGUGCAGCGGGACCUGGAUGCGGGUACCUACUCCUGGACCGUUCUUCUUCGGAAGCAGGUUCAGGACCUGGAGACGGCUUCUGAAGCGGCUGACCUGGUGCAGAAGCGCGAUGCCCGCAUCAACCUGAUGGCUCUUUACGAGAACGAUGGAGUCGUUCUACUUUGCCAAACCUUCCGACGAGGGAUGUUUUCGCCCGACUACGUCUGGAUGCUUUCAUCCGGCUGGUGGAAUCAGAAUUUUGCCGUCCGCCUCGCCGGAACGGCGAGCUGUCCAUGCACGGCAGAUGAGGUGAUCCAGGCUGGCUAUGGCCUCAUGGCUUUUGACAUGGGUCCCAUGAUGAACACAAACGACGUGCACGGUCUUUCCGGAAGAACGCUGUCAAGCAUCUACUCCGGCUACCUCAAUGAUUGCGCCGCCUUCGGCAACGGGCCCUAUAGCGAGCUGAACAGCGACUUCUCUCGCGAGUCUUUGUACAACAUCUCCUUGCAGCAGGAUUAUAUGGGAGCCACCGGACGGGUCCGCAUUUUCAACGAUGUGGAGCCCACGACCAUCCCACCCUCAUACGGAGACCGAGAGGGGAACAUCCUGAUGAGGCAGAUCGUCGGCACCACGGCCCAGCCGCUGGAGCAGCUGGGCUUCUGGUCGGCUGCAGGCAUUCUAUGGCUGACGGACCUCGUUUGGAGCCAGACAAACAGCAGUCAGAUCGUUGCUUGCAGCAGCGGCACCUGCGACAUGUCGACAGCGUUCAUCCCUCGAGAUCGCAGUAGCCAGUGCCCCGCCGGGAGCACGUGGUCCAACGAGCUCGGAUGCGGGGACUGUCCGACGGGUCGCUUCGCCGCGCUUGGAAUGACAGAAUGUGAGUCCUGCGCUCUGGGAUCCUUCAGCAACGAGAGCGGCUUGCCGGCGUGCUUCCUCUGUCCGGCAGGUAGCGUCGGCGAAGCUCAGGGAGCAGAAGAAUGUACUGUUUGCCACGAAGGCUUCUUCAUGAAUGAGUCUGGCCAGUCUGCCUGUCUCAAGUGCAACGAAGGCACGUACUCUGACGACUCUGGGCUGACCCAGUGCCGUGACUGCCCGGCCGGCCGCACCACCAACUACAAGGGAGCUUUGGAUGCACAGGCCUGCACCUGCAACGGCGACCUCUGGCAGGGCCAAUGCAUCCGCUGCUUGGACACCACCAGAUUCGAGCUCGGCACGUGCGUCACGUGCCAAGAAGGACUUGUGUGUGAUGAAGGCAAGCAGCCAGAACUCCUUCCAGGCUACUACACGACGCCCGAAGCGCCGUACGAUGUCUACAAAUGUCUCCCUGCGGACAAAUGCCCUGGCGCGACGCCAGGCGCUUGCAACGGCGGGCGCGUGGGCGUCCCCUGCACUCAGUGCCCGGAUGGCUUGUCUCUGGAAAACGGUGUGUGCUCCGCCUGCGCGAGUCUCAGCACACCAGGUUGGGUCGUGUCGAUUCUGAUCGGCAUGGUUUGUUUGGUAGCGUGCUACUACCUUAUGAACUCGGCAGCCACCGCGAAAGCAAGCAUGAUGCUCGCCACAACUUGCGUCCUUGCGAUGACGAUCAGCAUGCUCCAAAGCGUGGGCAUUGUGGGAAUGAUCUCAUUCGAGUGGCCCAGCGAGCUUGCCUGGGUCUUUGACGCCAUGAACUUUUUCCUGCUGGACGUUGACUCACUUGGUUUUGACUGCGUGGCCGGCAGCCCUAUCAAUCGGUAUGCCUUCAGCGUUGCUGCUUUGCCCUGCGCACUCCUCUGGCUCAUCACGGCGGCUGUGCUUAGCCGUGUCCUUCCCUUCAUCCCUCGACAUCGCCGGUUCGAGAUCCCUAAGACGAUCAGCACCAUGGGACAGGUGGUGCAGGUGUCCUUCACCAUCGUCAGCAAGAUCGCGCUGGAGCCCAUGAUGUGCUACAGCCACCCCAACGGCAAGCACGGGCUGCUAAAGCACAAUGGCAUCUUCUGCUUCGACAGCCCGGAGCAUACAACUAUGUUCUUCUUGGGAGUGAUCUUGCUCACCGGCCUCAUCAGCUUCUAUGCCCUGGCGGUGUUUGGCACCGUGCAUGCUCCCCGGGCCGCCAAGAAGGGCCAAGCUGGUUUUCUCCAGUGCAUCCGAUUCCUCAUCGCGCGCUUCCGCGUGGACUUCUGGUGGUACGGAACCUUGGUGCUGCCGCGUGGCCUUAUGCUUUCUCUCUCCAUUGUCCUGGCUGCUGACUACCCGUAUGUUCAGAUGCUCCUCAUCGUAUUCAUCAUCCUGACGUACAUGGUGGUGCAGCUUAUCGUGUGGCCGUGGAAGCUCCCAGCCCUCAAUCUUUUCGAUGGCCUCGUCAGCGUCUGCCUCAUCAUGAUGAUGUCUACCAUGGGAGCCUUCACACCCGAGUUGCCACUGGAGCUGCGUGAGAGUCUUACGAGCGUGUCCCUUGGAAUCAUGGUGAUGAUGCAAGUGGUCGUGGUUUUCAUGGUUGGCGUGACUGUGAUGGCCAUGUUCUAUCGCCAUGCCCUGGGAGGUGCCAAGGAGUCGGUGAUCCUCGCUCUUGGCAAAGUUCCCCACACGGAGGUCCUGGCGCAGAAGCUGACGCACUUCGGCGCCUCCCUGAAGGAUCUCCCGCAUCUAGAGAUGGUGCGACUCCUCGAGAACCUCUCCGUCUAUGACCUGCGAAUGACCCACAAUGUGAUGACAGCGGUGGGCGCUGAG